UUCCUGCAGCAGGAGCAACAGGAGUUCAACCUGGAGCGUUUCAAGAGGAAACUUUCUGCUCCAAAUUCAAACAUGACAUGAUGAUCCACUUCCUCUGACACUUCUGAUAUCCAACGUGUUGUCAUUGGAGGAGACAUUCCCCUGUAAUGACAAUGUUGGGUAUGUACGUGCCAGACAGAUUCUGCCUGAAGUCGUCAAAGGUCCAGGAUGGGAUCGGGCUGUACACGGCGAGGAGGGUGAAAAAGGGAGAAAAGUUUGGCCCCUUCGCAGGAGAGAGGAAGCUGCCAAAUGAGCUGGAUGAAAGCUCGGACACCAGGCUCAUGUGGGAGGUGCGUGGCAGUAAAGGAGACGUGCUGUAUAUUCUGGAUGCAAGUAACCCACGCCAUGCCAACUGGCUGCGGUUCGUCCAUCAGGCGCCGUCACAGGAGCAGAAGAACCUGGCAGCCAUUCAGGAUGGAGAGAACAUCUUUUACCUGGCUGUGGACGACAUAGAGACGGACACAGAGCUCCUGAUUGGCUACCUGGACAGUGAUAUGGAGGAAGAGGAGGAGGAGGAAGAGGAGGAAGACGACAAAGAUGAAGAUGAAAACAGUAAAGAUGCCAAGCACCUUGUUAAGAUGGAACUGGUAAUAAAGAAGGAGGACCACCCCUGCUUGCUGUGUGAGAGCAGCUUUCCCAGCGAGGAAAUCCUGGCGGCCCACCUUCAGAGUCUGCACCAGAGGCCCAGCACGGAGGAGAAGGAGUUCAAAUGCAGGAACUGUGGCAAGAAGUUCCCCGUCAAACAGGCUCUGCAGCGGCAUGUUUUGCAUUGUUCUGAGUCACUGGAUCCAUCAGCUGACUCCAAGGCGCACCAGUGCUCGCUCUGCCACAACACAUUCAGCUCUGAAUCCAGCUUUGAGCAGCAUAAAGAGGCCUGCAAAGGAGACGCCAGGUUCAUCUGUAAAGCAGAGAGCUGCGGCAAAAGAUUCAAGAGCAAAGACGCUCUGAAGAAGCACAAAGGAAACGUCCACACAGGGAGUGCACGCCGGAAACUCACGUGCAACAUAUGUAACAGGAAAUGCUCCUCCUCUCUGAAUCUGCAGCAGCACAGGAAGGUACAUGAAAUAUUUGAAUGCCACGCCUGUGAUAAGAAGUUCAUCUCCACGAAUCAGCUGAAACGCCACAUGAUCACACACUCAGAGAAACGACCGUACACCUGUGAGAUUUGCAGCCGCUCGUUCAAGCGUCUGGACCAGGUGACGGCUCAUAAGAUCAUCCACAGCGAGGACAAACCGUACAAAUGCAAACUGUGCGGAAAAGAGUUCGCUCACCGCAACGUCUACAAGAAUCACAAGAAGACCCACUCUGAGGAGAGACCCUUCCAGUGUGAGGAGUGCAAAGCUCUGUUCCGCACCCCCUUCUCUCUGCAGCGUCACCUACUCAUCCACAACAGUGAGAGGACAUUCAAGUGUGACCAAUGCGACGCCACCUUCAAGAGGAAGGACACGCUCAACGUACACAUCCAGGUGGUGCAUGAUGGCCAUAAGAAGUAUAAGUGCGACCUGUGUGAGAAGGCCUUUGUCACUCCGUCCGUCCUCAAGAGCCACAAGAAGACUCACACGGGGGAGAAGGAGAAGAUCUGCCCGUACUGCGGACAGAAGUUCGCCAGCAACGGCACGCUGAGGGUCCACAUCCGCAGCCACACAGGUGAGCGCCCGUACCAGUGCCCCUACUGUGACAAAGCCUUCAGCAAGAACGACGGCCUGAAGAUGCACAUCCGCACACACACUCGAGAGAAGCCGUAUAAAUGCAGCGAGUGCAACAAAGCCUUCAGCCAGAAACGGGGGCUGGACGAGCACAUGAGGACCCACACAGGAGAGAAACCUUUCCAAUGUGACGUGUGUGACCUUUCAUUCAGCUUGAAGAAGAUGCUCAGCAGGCACAAGCUCACACACAACCCUAACCGGCCCAUGGCGGAGUGCCAGCUGUGCCACAAGAAGUUCACCAGGAACGACUACCUCAAAGUGCACAUGGAGAACGUGCACGGGGAAACAGAGAGCUAAGAAGCCGGGUCUGAAGAGAGUUAUCUGAUGCUUCAGAUAAAGCUCCGUCUCUGCCUUUACAUACUGUAUAUGCAGAUGGCUAGAUAGCAGAGACUCUGUUAUUAAAGAUACAUACAUGUAGAAUAUGGGAAACAUUUGGGCGAGUGUUUCAUGAUGGAAACAUGGCUGUACAUUUGUAAUGUUUUUGUCAUACUGUUGAGAUAUUGUUGGAGAUAUGUUGGAGCAGAGCCUCUCAGUCUGCUCACAGAAACGUCUGACCUUUUUUAUAAACUUCAAACCGGUGUUACUGUUCAAACUGUUCCAGACAGACCUCUUCCUCUGUGACACUCUCUGACCAAACAUACUGUACACGAGUCCAGGGUCCCUAACUGAGAACACCUCAGACCAUGGAUUCACAGUCAGUACCUCCCAGUCCUAUCUGAGACAGUCUCUGUGUGCUGUCCUUCAUUUCUUUGAAGUAUUUAUGUGUCUCUUUGUGGUUGUGUUUGUCCUCUUGUGGUGUCUCUGCAUCACUUCAUCAGUGCUCUAAAUCUCUUAAAAUCUCCUUUUUCCUCUUUAAAACUCCUUGUAGUCUCUUAAUGUCAUCAUGUUUAUCUUUGUGGGUGUUUUGUGUCUAUUUGUCAUCAUUCAGGCUUUGUUUUUAAUUGUGUUCCAUCACUUUUUAAUUGUGUUGCUUUAUUCCACAUUUUUUCCAACUCUCUCUUUGAACUUUUGGUUUCUCUUUGUGCAUUCCUUUGUGUUCUUUCUGGUCAUUUCAUCAUUUAUGUCACAUAAAGGUGCAGUGUGUAAUAUUUAGCAGCAGCAGAACAGACUGUAGAAGUGGAAAUGAAGUAUGUCUAAAUCGCUUUUAUCUGCCUUGUAUAUUGACAAAAGAAGAGGUUCCCCCUUCCACGGUGGCAGCCAUCUUAUACCGCCAUCUUUCAGACAAACUACCACAGGUGCUAGCAGGUACACGUGAUCGUAUUCAUGCACAGGUUGGAAGAUGAUGAAGAGGAAGAAGAGAGUGGUUGUCGUGCACAAAUGUAUGCUGUAGACGUUUUUGAUGGUGAAAAUACUUGACAUACGGAGGAUCAUACUCGCAGGAGCUUCUUGUCCUUUAAGGCUGAAAGGAGGGGUGCUCAUCACCUGGAGGGGUGAGCAAGGGAGCGUUUCAAUCAAGUGUCUGACUGUUAGCUGUCACUUAAUGCACACAUUUCUGGACACUGUACCUUUAAAGCUGGGGUUGGUAGUCAGAUUUAGAUACACUUUUUGUUAUACUGGUUAAAAUGAUCUUUAUGUCCCGAUGGCGAUCAAUACAUAAUGUGUUCUUAAAAAAGAGGGGAAAAAAAGCUGCUAUCUACAGCCGGAGUAAACCUGGGAAAACACCAACCUAUCACCGUUUUUGGGGUCCAAAAUUAUAAACCAAUCAAAUCUCAUCCUGCUGUUCUGCCCGCCUCCUGCGUGUACAUUUCCUCAGCGUGCACUUCCUGUCCCCUGCCUUUAUUUACUGCCCCUCUCGCUCGACCUCGGGCCUGUCCCCUUUGACCCAAUGAGGUGCUUUGCUCAGGACUGUAGUCCGGAUCAGAGUCCAAAAAGCUCUCACCACGGGUCCGUCCGGACGCUGUAGGGAUGACGAGCCGAUUCGUGAACACGUUGAUCUUUUGCCGUGAUCACGCCAACUAACAAAGCAACAAUCAAUGUUUGAAUGAAUGAAAAACUUCUCCUCUUGUCUCUCCUCUCUCCCGCUCACACACUCUCCACCUCUCCUGAUGCCUUCACUGACCGUCAACACUGUAGGAAUUAAGAACAUCUACACUGAACACGUUUAACAAACAGUAGAGCUGUUACAGUAUUAUAUAUGUGUUAUAACUUUUCCCCUGAUAUCGUGUCACCAGUACAACUGGAUAAUGCUAGCAUGACAGUUGUGAGUACUAACAGCAGCCAUGUUUGUUUGUGUUUUUAACUUUCACUAUGAUAAUGUUUUGGUGAGGACCAGUUUUGAAUCAGUCACCAUCAUAUGGUCACGGGGGCGUCGUUUUGGAGGAGCUCGGAGGGGAGGGAGGAGGGGUUAGACGGAGUCCUGAGAACUCAUGUAUCUUCAAAUUCAUGCUAGUUUUCCAAGACUACCAACCCCAGCUUUAAUUCUUUGUUUUACUUUAGACUCUGUUCCCUUAUGAUCCUCUCUUUGUGUUUGCUUCAUGUCAUCUGGUGCUCACAUAUUUUUCUCAUGAUGUGGUUGUUAAUGUGUGUUUGUGUUGAUUAUAUGUCCUCACUCUGACUUUGCAUCAACAAAAACUAACAGUUACUGUACACAGAUGCUGGUGUAGAACCCCCCUGAGCCCUUCAGUCCUCUCGGCCUGUGCCACAGAAACACGCUCUGUCACCCAUCCACACCUGAGACCAAAGACCUUUCAGCACACUUUCCUACUUUAACCUCUACCUGAUUCUUCCAUGUGUACACCUUACUGUUCCAUUUUACACCUGCUCUGUUUCCAGACAUGCUCAAUAUUUAGAUUAUGAGUCUUAAAGCGUGUUAUUUCACAAGAGAAGGAUUGAUACAGGAAGAAAUAUCCAACUAGAAAUUAUGAAAGAGCCCAUCAAGGCAUGGUUUUAUUCCAAAGUGGCUAAAAAGUCACUCUGUCCAAAGAAACUUUGCAAACCUGUGCCCAUGUUGUUCUGUAGAGCUGAUUUAAACAAAUGUAAAAUAUGCCUGUGUCAGCUUUUACCAUGUAUUUAAAAAACCUGUACCCAUAGAACCAUGUUUUUGUUUUAAGUUGUAAUCUGGUAAACAGAUUUGAAAUGUUUUGAUGUUUGUAUUUAAGUCGUGAUGAAAGAGUUCCUUCAUUUCGCCCUGUCGGGUUGUAAAGUCUUACUGUGUCUGCGUCCCAAACUGUAUCAGGGACGGACAGAAAAUCCAAAGUACUGUGUGUUUACUUCAGUGAUGAGCUGUUGAGUCUGUUUUCAUAUGAAUGGCCCAGGGUUAUUGUGCCUUACAGUGUGUGUUUACAUUCGUCUUAAUCUUUGUUCACUUGUAUCUGAAUAGAAGUGCAAUCCUGUCCCGUUAAA